AUGCUCAAAGCCACCGCGCUCCCCCGGGCCGGCCUCGCCGCCAGGCACAAACUCAGCUCAGCCCGCCAGGCCGCUGCCGACUUGCCCCGAGGGCUCCAGCUGAAAGGCUCUGAGCUCCUGUCAUUGGCCAAACGGAAACGCAGCGACUCUGAGGAGAAGGAGCCACCUGUGAGCAAACCUACAGCAUCUUCAGAUUCUGAGACCUCAGACAGUGAUGAUGAGUGGACUGUUGGGGGUUCCAAAAACAAAAAGAAGGGAAAAGCUGGGAAAGCAGAGAAGAAGGCAGCUAUGAAGAAACAAGCUAACAGAGCUGCCUCUUCAGGCAGCUCAGAUAAAGACAGCUCUGCUGAGAGCUCAGCGCCUGAAGAAGGUGAGGUGUCUGACUCUGAAAGCAACAGCUCUUCCUCUAGCUCCGAUUCAGAUUCAUCCUCUGAAGAUGAGGAAUUCCAUGAUGGCUAUGGAGAGGACCUUAUGGGAGAUGAGGAAGACAGAGCUCGGCUAGAGCAGAUGACAGAGAAGGAGAGGGAGCAGGAACUGUUUAAUCGGAUAGAGAAGCGGGAAGUGUUGAAGAGAAGAUUUGAAAUAAAGAAGAAACUUAAAACAGCAAAAAAGAAAGAGAAGAAAGAGAAAAAGAAAAAGCAAGAGGAAGAGCAGGAGAAAAAAAAGCUCACACAGAUCCAGGAAUCUCAGGUGAUGUCACACAAUAAAGAGCGACGAUCAAAGCGGGAUGAGAAACUGGACAAGAAAUCUCAGGCCAUGGAAGAACUGAAAGCAGAGAGAGAGAAAAGGAAGAACAGAACAGCCGAGUUGCUUGCAAAAAAACAGCCAUUAAAAACCAGUGAAGUGUACUCGGAUGAUGAAGAGGAAGAAGAGGAUGAUAAGUCUAGCGAGAAAAGUGAUCAUUCAUCCAGAUCAUCCUCAUCUGAUGAAGAGGAAGAGAAAGAAGAGAUUCCUCCAAAAUCCCAGCCCGUAUCCUUACCUGAAGAACUGAAUAGGGUACGGUUAUCCCGGCACAAGCUGGAACGCUGGUGUCACAUGCCUUUCUUUGCCAAGACCGUUACUGGCUGCUUUGUGCGAAUUGGCAUUGGAAACCACAACAGCAAACCUGUCUAUCGGGUCGCUGAAAUAACUGGUGUUGUAGAAACUGCAAAAGUUUACCAGCUUGGAGGCACCCGAACAAACAAGGGAUUGCAGUUACGGCAUGGCAAUGACCAGCGUGUAUUUCGUCUAGAAUUUGUCUCAAAUCAGGAAUUUACUGAAAGUGAGUUCAUGAAGUGGAAGGAAGCGAUGUUCUCUGCUGGGAUGCAGCUGCCCACACUAGAUGAGAUCAACAAGAAGGAAGUGUCCAUUAAGGAAGCUCUCAACUACAAAUUUAAUGAUCAGGACAUUGAAGAGAUUGUGAAAGAGAAAGAGAGGUUCCGAAAAGCCCCUCCCAACUAUGCCAUGAAGAAAACUCAGCUACUAAAGGAGAAGGCCAUGGCUGAGGACUUGGGGGACCAAGAUAAGGCAAAACAGAUUCAAGAUCAACUUAACGAACUAGAAGAGAGAGCAGAAGCCCUGGACCGCCAGCGAACAAAAAAUAUUUCUGCAAUCAGUUACAUCAACCAGAGGAAUAGAGAGUGGAACAUUGUGGAGUCCGAGAAAGCUCUUGUGGCCGAAAGUCACAGUAUGAAAAACCAGCAAAUGGACCCCUUUACUAGGCGACAGUGCAAACCUACGAUAGUCUCGAAUUCCAGGGAUCCUGCUGUCCAAGCUGCCAUCCUUGCCCAACUAAAUGCAAAAUAUGGAUCCGGUGUAUUACCGGAUGCUCCAAAGGACAUAAGCAAGGGUCAGGGAAAGGACAAAGACAUGAACUCUAAAUCAGCCAGUGAUCUCUCAGAGGAUCUGUUCAAAGUGCAUGACUUUGAUGUGAAAAUUGAUCUCCAGGUUCCCAGUUCAGAGUCUAAGACACUGGCCAUCACUUCUAAGGCUCCACCAGCAAAAGAUGGUGCCCCUCGGCGAUCACUGAACCUGGAGGACUACAAAAAAAGGCGGGGGCUUAUUUGAGCGUACCCACUCCGCUGCUUCUGAUCCUGCAUGCUCCAUGAUGAUGUCCUACCUUUUUUCUUCCUCCCUUUUCAGUUUCCUCUUCUGGGUUGGAGCAGCAAUGGAGCUGGGAAGAGACUCUUUAAAACUGCCAGUCAUUUGUAACAUAAAUCAUUUGACUAUUUACUGUAUAGACCUCCCUUCUUGCCCUUUCCUCCUGUCCCCUCACAAAUGUGGAUCUGUGCUAUUUGGGGUUCUCCCACUUUUUAGGUUUUUUCCUUUUUUUGAGGUUUUUUUUUGUUAUUUUUGUUUUAAUUUUGUUGAUGCAGCUCGUUGGUCCACUCAGUGUUCAGUAUUAGCCUGAAGUCUGGAUUUCCGUAGGAAUCUCUUUGGUGGUUGCAGCAUCAGCAUUUGAUGAUCUCCCCUUGCAUACCACCACAGACAUGGUGAAUAAACAUCGGCACAAGACCUUUGUGGCUGGAAAGGUCAUCUGCACUUUCUUCCUCCUCUUCUUCCUCCUUGCUCCUAGCUCUGGAGAAGGGAAUCUCCAAAAACUGGCUUAGGUUCAAAGUGUAAAUUUUUUUGGGAGGGUUAUGUGACUUUUUUUCAGGUGUUUUUUAUCAUUUUUAAGCUGCAGUACUAUUUGUAUCUGUCUGUCACGGUUCUUUACGGCUGUUUUGAAUUUCUACCAGCUGUACUUGAGCAUCUAAAAUUGCAAGAAAGAAACUCAUUAAAUGUGAUUCUUACUAAAAUGGCCUGGGUGGUAUAGCUGUUUAACCUGCACAUUCCCCUUUUUACUCUCACUUACCUGAUGAGACAAGUGCACAAUCUAUCUGUAGUACAUCUGGUCUCUUGCCACAGCUGAGCGGAGUAGCUCCCUUUGGGAUGCCCCUGGACACUCACUGAAUGGUCUUUCAUUUCUUCUACAAAUCCAAGAAAUCCUUCAGUCUACGUUUAUCAUGUCAAAUUUAUCUUCACCAGGCUUCAACUCAUUUGCGUGGUUUCUGGGUUAUUUUUUAUUGGGGGGAGGGAGAUGUGGGGAGGCUUUUUUUAUUCCCUCCCCCUUUUUUCUUUCAACAAUUUUAAACUUGGGUUAAAAAAAUUAGUUUGCGUUAAGGGAAAGGGGAAGAGCACAGUAGAAACCUAACUGAAAAUGAGGGCAGAUGCUGAU